CAUUAGAAGAACACGAAGAGCACGUUUCUGGAAUAUGGGAAUAUUGUUCCUGAUAUAUUAUUGUGUCACUGUAUAUUCGGCGAAAAAUGGAGAUGAAGCCCCACCACUUUCCGAACCAGGUAAUGCUGAAAAUCAACAUGAAGAGGUAUUGGCGAAAUCCGGUGAGGAAAUCGAUGAAACGAUAUUGAGUGAUACAACACAGCUAAUGUUUUCCAGCACUGAGGCCACACAUUUGCAGCCCAAAUCGGCAGUUCCUACAUGGCGUCCAAGACGAGAAAACUGUACCCCUCCAGCAAUAGAACAAUUCCCCCGUCCGUUAAUGGGUAAAUGGCUGCGGCAACAUGGUGGUCUGGUCAUUCAUGUUCUGGUUGCUGUUUUCACAUUCUUUGGCCUGGCCAUUGUGUGCGAUGAGUAUUUCGUGGCCAGUUUAGAUCGGCUUUGUGAAGAAUUAAAGUUAUCACCGGAUGUUGCCGGUGCCACAUUUAUGGCUGCCGGCAGUUCAGCUCCCGAAUUGGCCACCGUGGUCAUUGGCGUGUUCUUUGCCAAGGACGAUAUUGGCAUUAGUGGUGUCAUCGGUUCCGCUGUCUUCAACAUUAUGUUCGUCAUCUCGGUGUGUGCUUUGUGUUCGGGAACAGUCUGCCAACUGAAUUGGUGGCCAUUGGUGCGAGACUGUUUCUUCUAUUGCGUUUCGAUUUUGGUCAUGUUGAUAAUUAUCUUUAAUGAUGUCAUCUCUUGUUUUGAAUCGGUCGUUAUGCUGCUGUUCUAUGUCAUCUAUUGUGUCGCCUUAUGCUUCAACACCCAACUGGAACGCUGGGCUAUGUCUCUCAAUCUUCCCUUCAAACUUCCCACGAAGGAGGAACAAUCCUCUCUGGUCACCUACAAAAACGUACCCGACAGCACGUACACAGAAGGCAGUCAACAGCAGACUAAUUUGUCACAGGAGCCUAACGCCACCUCCCCAGGAAACCAGCAGCAACAGUCAUCCACAUCCGAUUAUCAGAAUUACUCCGAUCCAAAUUCUAGCUGGGAUCCCAAUGCUGCAUGGGGCGAGGAAUCGUCUAGCAACCCUGUGGGUUCCAGCACUAUCCCCAGCCAACCACCGGUCGAUGACUGGGGCAUGAGUCAAUUCUCUGCCGGUCAGGGUCAAGAGAAUAUGGCUUACAAUCCCGAUCAACCCGAUUCCGUGGUAACGCAAAGUGCUACGACAGAUAACAACAGUAAACCGGUUGUGGGCAAACCCCAACCCGCAUCAGGUGGUGCUCCCGAAUACUACAAAUCGAGCGACAAAUCGAAGGAGGCCCGACCCAAUCCCCUGGAACGUCCAACACAGGGCGGUUUGCCAGCCCUGAUCUCCUGGUAUGUCGUCUAUCCCAUUCACUUCUUGUGCCAGAAAACCAUGCCCGACUGUCGGACCGAACAGUAUCGCAAUUGGUAUCCCUUCACCUUUCUCAUAUCCAUGAUUUGGAUUUCAUUCUACUCAUACUUCAUGGUCUGGAUGAUCACCGUCAUUGGCUCCACACUGGCCAUACCGGACACGGUGAUGGGUCUAACGUUCGUUGCUGCUGGUGUUUCUGUACCCGAUGCCCUAAGCUCAAUAGCGGUAAUCAAAGAAGGUUAUGGCGAUAUGGCCGUUUCAAAUGCAAUCGGCUCGAAUGUCUUUGAUAUCCUAGUGUGCUUAGGUCUUCCGUGGUUCAUACAAACGGCCAUUAUCAAGCCGGGCUCUCACGUCAAUGUCAUAUCGAAAGGUUUGACGUACUCCACAAUUUCACUAUUCUCGACAGUGAUAUUUUUAAUACUCUCCACACAUUUGAAUGGCUGGAAAUUGGAUAAACGCCUCGGCAUCAUACUGAUGGUGUGGUAUUUGCUAUUCAUAACCCUGGCAUCGCUAUACGAACUGAAUGUAUUCGGCUAUAUGAAUCCACCAGAAUGUCCAAGUAAGUAA